AUGCGUGUUGUCAUGGUGACCAGCCCCUCCACCCCUUCCCCCCUCCUCUGGUUGGUCCAGCUUUUACUGUGGCUCCACCACCAUGGACCUCAGGUAACAGAGGCCGCGCCCCCAUGUCCAAACCCCUGUAGCUGCUCCAAUCAGGCAAGCCGAGUCAUCUGUACAAGGAAGAGUUUGGUGGAAGUACCGGACAGUAUUUCUGUGAACACAAGAUACCUUAACCUACAAGAGAACACGAUUGAGGUGAUAAAGUCUGACACAUUCAAGCACCUGCGGCAUUUGGAAAUCCUGCAGCUUUCCAAGAACCACAUCCGACAAAUCGAGGUGGGCGCGUUCAAUGGCCUGCCCAACCUCAAUACCCUGGAGCUCUUCGACAACCGCCUCACGCUGGUACCGUCGCAGGCCUUUGAGUACCUCAGCAAGCUGCGGGAGCUCUGGCUACGGAACAACCCCAUCGAGACACUGCCGGCGUACGCUUUCCACCGCGUUCCCUCCCUGCGCCGUCUCGACCUGGGCGAACUACGGAAGUUGGACUACAUCUCUGAGGCCGCCUUCGAGGGCCUGUUCAACUUGCGUUUCCUGAACCUGGGCAUGUGCGGUCUGAAGGAAAUCCCCAACCUCACACCCUUGGUCCGACUGGAGGAGCUAGAGCUGUCUGGGAACCAGCUGGGGAAUGUCCGUCCCGGCUCGUUCCAAGGCCUGGUGUCGCUGCGCAAACUGUGGCUCAUGCACUCCAAGGUGACGGUCAUUGAGCGCAAUGCCUUCGACGACCUGAAGAACCUCGAGGAACUCAACCUGUCCCACAACACCUUGCACUCGCUGCCCCACGAUCUCUUCACCCCGCUGCACCAGUUGGAGCGGGUGCACCUCAACCACAACCCCUGGGUGUGCAACUGCGAUGUCCUGUGGCUUAGCUGGUGGCUGAAGGAGACGGUGCCCAGUAACACAACAUGCUGUGCCCGCUGCCACGCGCCCCCAGGCCUGAAGGGCCGGUACAUUGGUGAGCUGGACCAGAGCCACUUCACAUGCUACGCUCCCGUCAUUGUAGAGCCACCCACUGACCUCAAUGUCACAGAGGGCAUGGCUGCUGAGCUGAAGUGUCGCACUGGCACCUCCAUGACGUCUGUCAACUGGCUCACCCCAAAUGGCACCCUCAUGACGCAUGGGUCGUAUCGCGUCAGGAUCUCAGUCCUUCACGAUGGAACUCUGAAUUUCACCAAUGUGACUGUGCAGGACACGGGCCAAUACACCUGCAUGGUGACCAACUCCGCCGGCAACACUACGGCAACCGCAGUGCUCAACGUGUCUACCUCCGACUCCAGCAACCCUUUCAGCUACUUCACCACCGUCACUGUGGAAACCGUGGAAACUAACAAUGGGGAGGAUUCCGCUGCAAGGCAGUACAUCAACGAAACCUACGUACCGCCAGAUUACCUGGGUCCCACUGUUUCAGGAGGGGUACUGGGUAAAGGCAGGGCUGGAUUCACCAUAUCUCCAUCUCGCUCAUCUCUCUCCUCUCUGUCACCGCGAGCCACCAGAGCCACUGAAAAGGCAGUCACAGUGUCGAUAAUGGAGGUCACGAACAUCCCUGGCCUGGAUGACGUGAUGAAGACCACCAAGAUCAUCAUUGGCUGCUUCGUGGCCAUCACCUUCAUGGCGGCCGUGAUGCUGGUGGUCUUCUACAAGCUGAGGAAGCAGCACCAGCUGCACAAGCACCAUGGCCCCACCCGCGCCAUCGAGAUCAUCAACGUGGAGGAUGAGAUGGGUGCCGGGGCCGGGAGCGGCAUCUCAGGGGGAUCGACCAUGCAAUCUGGGUGCGGAGGAGACGGAACCUUGAGGAUGCAUCACCCGGAAAUAGUCAACCUUCCCAACAUCGGGCGAUCAGAGCAUCUUAACCAUUACUACAAGGCCAAUCAUUUCAACAACAACGUGAUGGGUUUGAGCAUUGGGACAGGGGCAGGCAUCAGUACUCUAAGCAACAAGAACAACCCGUCCCCACUGAACCAGCAAGGCCAGGAUAUCCCCAUCUCCUGUACACAGGUUCCAAUCUCCUCAACCACUUUCCAGACCAUGUCCGGAAAUGGCGCCAACACCAACCCUCUUUCUGUUUCCCCACCUUUGCCGAUGUCCCUCCCCAUGUCCCCCAUGGGAUUACACGGAUCGAUCAAGGGUUUCAUGGGCCAGAACCAGAAUCCACAAAUGGAGCCUCUUUUGUUCAAGGGAAACUCAAAGGAAAACGUUCAAGAGACUCAAAUCUGAAAAAAAAGAGUGAGGAGAGAGAGAGUGCAAGGGAAAGACAGAGAGGGGAUUGAUGGCCUCUUUACGUGCCGAACGAUUAAACACUACAGUGCAUUGACAUUACACCAGGAGAGGGGAUAGACUGACACUGCAAUACACAAACACAUAGACUGGUCAGCGACAGUGUACUGAGCCAAGGAUUACCACAAUGGGCUACUUGUGUUUGUAGUAACGAUCACGGCAAUGGAGUUCAAAAACGAACA